AUGGAGGAAGCAGGUCAAAUCCCUUGUUUCCGAUGUGAAACAAUCAGAAAACAGAAGUUGUCUCAGGAAUGGGACACUUGGAAAGUUUCUCUUGAGUGUUAUUUCGAAGCAUAUGGAAUAACGGAUCAGAGGAUGAUGAAGGCUAAAUUGUUGCAUCUUGGAGGCGUUGAACUUCAACGUGUAUUCCGGAGUUUGCCUGGUCACGAUAAAGUACCGUUGGUCGCCGUAGACCCGCGAGUGUACGACUUGGCUGUCGAACUACUUGAUGGCUAUUUUCAAGCAGGCCGUCAAUACGUGAUUGAAAGAAGGAAACUACGGCAGAUCAAACAAAGGGAAGGAGAAAAGUUUUCGCAUUUCGUUCUGCGGCUUCGGCAGCAAGCUAGGUGUUGUGGAUUUGAGAAACAUUCCGGUGAAGUCAGCGAGAUAUUGAAGGAAAUAUACUUGAUAGAUGUGGUGGUAGAGAACUGUAUGUCGGAUGAACUAAGGAGAAGUAUACUGAAGAAGGACCGCUCGUUAAGUGAGAUAGAGGAGAUAGCCGCGAGUAUCGAAGACACAGAGAUACAAAUGUUGAAUUUGAAGGGACCAGCUGUUGUGCAGGAACGAGCUGCUUAUGAGAUUGGAAAUGUGCAAAGUGGGAAGAGAUCGUUUCAACACACGGCUUACAGAAGAGGAGAUGCUAGGAACAACCCACUGAAAAGGCAAUCCGCUGUUGACAAUUUCGCUAAUCAGAACAAUCAGUCAUGUUUCGCAUGCGGCGAGCAAGGCCAUUUUGCUAAGUCUACCAAUGGCGCGCGAGGUCGUCCAUGUCGCCGAUGUAAACAGCUGGGUCAUUAUGAGAAAAUGUGUCUCAAGCGGAAGAAUGACAUGAAAGUGAUGACCAAGUCGAAAAGGAUCUACAAUGUCGAAAAUGUACCAACGAAGGAGGUUGACUCUCGUUCCGCAUCAGCGGAGAAGGAUACCAAAGAGGAAAAAGUUUAUUACACGUUCUAUGGAGGAAAUCAGACAAAUGUAGUACCAGGGAGGAUUGGAGGCAUACCCGUUCAACUGUUGAUCGACUCCGGUGCGGAUGCGAAUUUGAUCAAACCGGAAACAUGGGAAAUGCUCAAGAGUCGGAAAGUUCACGUGAGGAGUUCUGUUAGAGGAUCCUCAAAAGUCUUGAAAGGAUAUGGUAGUGACAAGCCGCUCACGAUUGCUGGUUCAUUUGUAGCCGAGAUAGUUGUGGGAAUGAAGAAGACAGAAGCGGAGUUUUUCGUUGUAGAGGGUGGUCAGCGAGACAUCUUGGGUGAUAGUACAGCAAAACAGCUUGGCGUUCUGAAGUUUGGUUGA